AGCGAGGAGGAGGAGGAGGAGAGGCAGCGGGAAACCCAGCCCACCCUUUGGCUUCCUCCUGCCUCCUUCUAAAACCUGCAGAUUCCUCCAGCCCGUCCAAGCGCCUGAAGUUUCCUCAGCCCUGCUGCCGGGACUGCGAGGGUUUGCUGAAAGAUGAGGGCCUGGAUAUUUUUCCUUCUCUGCCUGGCAGGCAAAGCCCUGGCAGCUCCGCAGGAGGCUCUGCCAGAUGAGACAGAGGUCAUCGAAGACCCCACCACAGAGGAGCCCGUGGGAGCUAACCCUGUCCAGGUGGAGGUGGGAGAGUUCGAGGAACCCACAGAGGAUGUAGAAGAGAUUGUUGCAGAGAACCCCUGCCAGAACCACCACUGCAAGCACGGAAAGGUGUGCGAGGUGGAUGACAACAACUCACCCAUGUGUGUGUGCCAGGACCCCUCCAGCUGCCCAGCCACCACCGGUGUCUUCGAGAAGGUCUGUGGCACCGACAACAAGACCUAUGACUCCUCCUGCCAUUUCUUUGCCACUAAGUGCACCUUGGAGGGAACCAAGAAAGGACACAAGCUGCACCUGGACUACAUUGGGCCUUGCAAAUUCAUCCCCGCCUGCCUGGACACAGAGCUGACCGAGUUCCCCCUGCGCAUGCGGGACUGGCUCAAGAACGUGCUGAUCACCCUGUACGAGCGUGAUGAGGACAACAACCUGCUGACUGAGAAGCAGAAGCUCAAGGUGAAGAAGAUCCACGAGAACGAGAAGCGCCUGGAGGCCGGUGACCACACUGUGGAGCUACUGGCCCGCGACUUUGAGAAGAACUACAACAUGUACAUCUUCCCCGUGCACUGGCAGUUCGGCCAGCUGGACCAGCACCCCAUUGAUGGGUACCUCUCCCACACCGAGCUGGCCCCGCUCCGUGCCCCCCUCAUCCCCAUGGAGCACUGCACCACCCGCUUCUUCGAGGCUUGCGACCUGGACAAUGACAAGUACAUCGCCCUGGAGGAGUGGGCCAGCUGCUUCGGCAUUAAGGAGAAGGACAUCGACAAGGAUCUUGUGAUCUAAACUCCCAGCUUCCUUCUCUGCUGCCAACUUUGUCUUGUUUUAACCUUCCCACUUCCUUCAGUUUUUAAACGGCUUUUGUUAUGUUUUGUUCUUCCCUGGGAACAAGGUGCUAAUAUAGAUCUAAACAUACGUAGUAAAGGUGCUAAGAGAAAUAACAGUCCUCGUUCAUAGCCUAAUCUAUUACCACUAGAUUACUCACUCGGCUGUUUCCACACACUCUGACCAGCCCUUUCCCUCUCCGACGUGUCUUUACCAUUGACCGACCCUGUUCCUGUCCUAAAUAUCCGCACCGUCUCCGUAUCCGCUCUCGGAUCAACUUCUCUUAACUUCUUACUAACAGCACAUCGCCAGCGAGGGAAGGCAGAGCCAGAGGAUGUAGGAGGACUGGGCUUUUCGAGCAGAGCAGCUGCGGGUGACGUUGUGGUCACCC